UUUAAAGUUUAUCAAAUAAUAAAAAUAAAUAUUAUUUUUCUAUAACAAAAGUAAAAGGAAUAAUGUACUUUUAUUUCAGUACCAGAAAAAAUAUAAAAUUGAAAUGACGACUAAUUUUGAUGUAGCCAUAAGACCAGUAUUGGUCUCAAUUAAGUUUGUAGGUAUAAUUAAUAUUUCUUUUACAAUGCAGGAACAAACUAGACUAUUAAUUUGGGAUCCAAACACAAAAUUUUAUACACUUCUUGAAUUGACACGAAUAUUGAUCUUAUUUAUACUUACUCACUUAUACUUGACUUCAUCAUUUCAAACAAUAUUAGGCCGAUUUUAUUUGAUUACGUUUUGGAAAAUUGUCAUUGAAGGAAGAAUAUCAGAAAUGUCGAUAGUUAAGUUUAUCAAUGGAAUUGUUGAAUUCGACAAAAAAGUCAUACCACUCUUAUCGCAUCUAUCGGUCAAACAACGUUCGAUAAGCAUAAUAUAUUGGAACAUAUUUUAUUUUUUAUUAAUCAUGUACUUAAUCGCAUACAAAUUAUUGUGUCUAUAUUUAUUUCCACCGAGUACACCAGACAUCAAUUUGGUCGCGAUUUUGUUUAUAGGACCGCCUUUCAUAGUACACUUUGUAGUAUUUAUUUUAACAUUUUACUUCCUCUAUAACUUGUACAUCAGAUUCAAAACGUUAAACGAUCUGUGGAAAUGUCUCCCAGUCGGACUGAUCGCCGCUCCGGAUCAAUGGACACACUCGGAAGUAAUGAUUCUGAUCGAUGACAUACGGUUGUUACACUCCGAACUGAGUGAAUUGUUGAAAAUAUUUAGUGAGGGUUGCGGUCCGAUGCUCGUAACAUUUUUUCUUUCCAAUUAUAUCAAUACACUUAUUAAUUUUUAUUUCACGUAUAAUUUCGGUCACUUUCAACCGGAGUAUAAUUUAACUCAUAACUUACUAAGAAUAAUUAUCAUUUACAUAGCAGUCGGACAAUCUAUCGUCGGUGUGAUGAUUAUCAUAAUGUUAGCGUCGUUUAUUAAUGACAAGAGGAGAAUGAUUAUACAUUAUGCAAGAUUAAACCGUAUUUCAAAAUUGCCAGUUGACAUUAAACGACAAGUAAUUUAUAUUUAAAAUCCAUUCUUCUUUGCUUUUGUUAAUCUAAAUCAAUUUACACAAAUCACAAAUGAAACGAUAUACAAAUAAUAUGAUUUUACCAUUUUUUAAUUAUUAGCACUUAUCGUUUAGAUCAAAAUGUUUAUGAAUCAAGUAUCAGUUUACGAAUCGGAUGAAAUUACAGCUUUUGGAUUAUUUAAAAUAAAUUUAAAUCUUGUAAUGUCGAUAUUAGCAUUAAUAAUUACCGGGAUAUCCACAUCAAUACAAAUGAAAGAGCAUCCAAUAGUUUUGAGGUGGAUGAAUGAGAUUUUUGACAUUUCAACUCUUAAUUUUAAGGACGUGAUAAAGUCAUCUUCGGAAUCUCCUGUCCACUAACAAAUCAAAAUAUAACAUAUACUUAUAUAAUAGUUUCACUUUAAACUUAAUGACACCGAAUAUCACUAGUACUUUUGAAUAGGCUGAGUUGAAUUUAAGAAACUCCAGAGUACAACAAAUACUCUUAACGACAAGUAAUUUAUGUUUUAACACCAUUCUUCUUUGCUUUUGUAGUUUUGUAAAUCAAAAUCAGUUUACACAAAUCACAAAUGAAACAAUAAAUAAUAUGGUUUUACAAUUUUUUUAAUUAUUAGCAUUUUAUCCCUUAAAUUAAAAUUUUUAUGAAUCUAUUAUCAGUUUACGAAUCGGAUGAAAUAACAGCUUUUGGAUUGUUCAAAGUAAAUUUAAAUCUUGUUAUGCCGGUGAGUAAGUACUAAUUACGUAUUUGAUUAAAAAAUAUUAGUCGAUCAAGUAUCUAUAAACCUGCUAUCGAUAUGAAUACGUUAAGUAUUGAAUAUAUUCAUUUAAAAUUUAAACUUAACUUAAGUAAUUCUAUUUUAUAUUUUAUUUUUAAUUAAUUGGUUUAUUUUUAUUUUUUUGUUUGUUUACAGAUAUUAGCGUUAUUAAUUACCGAGAUAACCACAUUAAUACAAAUGAAAAAUCAUCCAAUAGUUUUGAGAUAUGUUAAAGAACUUUAUUCUAUUGCAACCCUACAAGUUAAAAAUGUAAAUAACCUAGCUAAUGAUUCUCCUGACCAAUAAGAAAUUAAAUACAUACUUAUAAAUUAGUUUCUAUUUAUUCAUAAUAGCAACAAAUCGCUCUUGCAUUUUUGAAAUAUAUAUACAUACGUCAUACUCUAUUAUAUUCUUUUUUCAAGGACGCAUUUGAAAUGCUCCGUUUACAAUACUUCAAAAUUCACACUAAGGCAUAUAACCUAUAUAAAUAUAUAUAUAUAUAUAUAUAUAAAUCUUGUAAUGUCGGUAAGUAAGAAUUAAUUACGCGAUCAGUUAAAAAAUUCUUGGCACUCAUAUACAUGUGGCUGUUAACCUUUCGUUAUGAAUACGUAAGAAUUAAAUAUAUUCACUAAAAUGUAUACUUAAUUUAGGUUUUAAAUUUCUUUAUUGUUAUUUUUGUUUACAGAUAUAUAAGCAUUAAUAAUUACCGGGAUAGCCACAUCAAUACAAAUGAAAGAGCAUUCAAAUAGUUUUGAGGUGGAUGAAUGAGAUUUUUGCCAUUGCAACCCUUAAUUUUAAGAACGUGAUGAAGUCAUCUUCGGAAUCUCCUGUCCACUAACAAAUCAAAUAACAUAUACUUAUACAUUAGUUUCACUUUAUAGUUAAUGAAAACAAAUCAAACUAAUAUAUUUGAAAAAAACUAUGUUGAAAUUAAAAAAUUUCUUGCAUAUUAUAUACAUUAUUUAUAUAUAUUUUAUUAGGCACAUCCGACUUGGGUCCCAUGUACUUGGGUCGGUGUCGUGUCAAUCGGAGUUCGUCAAUUUCCUCCCGGAUUCAGGUAAACGAUUUUUUCCCUACCUUUUCUGUGUUCCAAUUGCAUCCUAUUGUAUAGUAGGUAAGCGUAAAUUAACUUGAUAAAUGUAAUAUAUUUGUCACCUAUGUUGUGCAGAUAUAUUUGCAUAUUUGCAAGUAUAAGCCAAUACAUGUAAAAGCUUUCAUUCAAAAUUCAACUCUUUUUUCUAUACAUCACAUCCGAAUAUUCAUCAAUUUUUAAAUAUUUUAAAUCAAUGUCAAACAGAUAUACAUCUAAAAAUAACGUUUAGCCAUAAAUGAAUAUGUGUAAAACGAAGAGCUAAGUAUACAAAAAAACAAAAAUGUAUUGAUGAACAAAUAAACAACUUAAAAAAUAAAAUUAUAUCUCCUUUAUAUUAU